UUCUCUCUUCUCUUUAUUCAUAUUUUUUGGGUUUUUCUGUAUUUGCAUGGCCAAGCUUCUCCAAACCAAGAGCCAAUAAUACUGAGGCACUAGAAGCCACUCAGUUGAGCCACGUGUAGCUGCAGUGUCACAUCUCCUCUAUAAAUACAGCGCAUUGGAGCAAGUUGAAGGAGCAGUACAAGCCUAGGAUUGAGAACUGAUAAGUAGUGCCACACCUUAAUCUUUAUCUUCUCUCCGGUCUUUGUUUGGUUCCAUAGAAAAUCUAAUUUUCUCGGGGAGGAAGAACAAAAACAGAGAUUGAGAAAAUGUUCAUCGAGAGCUUUAAGGUAGAGUCCCCUAAUGUAAAGUACACAGAGAAUGAGAUUCAUUCAGUGUACAGCUACGAGACCACUGAGCUUGUCCAUGAGGACAGGAAGGGCACAUACCAAUGGAUUGUCAAGCCCAAGACUGUCAAAUAUGAAUUCAAGACUGAUAUCCAUGUCCCCAAACUAGGGGUAAUGCUUGUGGGCUGGGGUGGAAACAAUGGCUCAACCCUCACUGCUGGUGUCAUAGCAAACAGAGAAGGAAUCUCCUGGGCAACCAAGGACAAGGUGCAACAAGCCAAUUACUUUGGCUCACUGACCCAAGCCUCAUCAAUCCGUGUUGGGUCUUUCAAUGGAGAAGAGAUCUAUGCCCCAUUUAAGAGCCUGCUUCCAAUGGUUAACCCAGAUGACAUUGUGUUUGGGGGUUGGGAUAUAAGUGAUAUGAACCUAGCAGAUGCUAUGGCUAGGGCCAGGGUCCUGGACAUUGAUCUGCAAAAGCAACUGAGGCCAUACAUGGAGUCCAUGCUCCCACUCCCUGGAAUCUAUGACCCUGAUUUCAUUGCUGCUAACCAAGGUGCACGUGCCAACAACGUGAUCAAGGGGACCAAGAAGGAACAAGUCCAACAAAUCAUCAAAGACAUUAGAGAGUUUAAGGAGCAGAACAAAGUGGACAAGGUGGUUGUGCUGUGGACUGCCAACACUGAGAGGUACAGUAAUGUGGUUGUGGGGUUAAACGACACCGUGGAGAACCUUUUGGGUUCGGUGGACAAGAAUGAAGCUGAGAUUUCUCCUUCCACCUUGUAUGCCAUAGCUUGUGUUCUUGAAAACGUUCCUUUCAUCAAUGGAAGCCCGCAAAACACUUUUGUCCCAGGGCUGAUUGAUUUGGCAAUAAGGAGAAACUGUUUGAUUGGUGGGGAUGAUUUUAAGAGUGGUCAGACCAAGAUGAAAUCAGUUUUGGUUGAUUUCCUUGUUGGGGCUGGCAUCAAGCCAACAUCCAUAGUGAGCUAUAACCAUCUUGGAAACAAUGAUGGCAUGAAUCUUUCAGCCCCACAAACCUUCAGGUCCAAAGAGAUUUCAAAGAGCAAUGUUGUGGAUGACAUGGUCUCUAGCAAUGGCAUCCUCUAUGAGCCUGGUGAACACCCUGACCAUGUUGUGGUCAUCAAGUAUGUGCCGUAUGUGGCAGAUAGCAAGAGAGCCAUGGAUGAGUACACUUCUGAGAUUUUCUUGGGUGGGAAAAACACCAUUGUGAUGCACAACACCUGUGAAGACUCCCUCUUGGCUGCUCCUAUCAUACUUGAUUUGGUUCUCCUGGCUGAGCUCAGCACUCGCAUCCAGCUCAAAUCUGAAGCAGAGGUAUAUUUGAUUUUAAAUUAUGCUAAAAUGUUUUUCUGUCUCCUUUUGGCAACCAUUCUCAGUUACCUCAGCAAGGCUCCUCUUGUUCCACCAGGCACUCCUGUGGUGAAUGCACUGUCAAAGCAGAGGGCAAUGCUGGAGAAUAUCCUGAGGGCUUGUGUUGGUCUGGCUCCUGAGAACAACAUGAUUUUGGAAUACAAGUGAACCAAAGAGAUGGAAGAUUUGAUUCAGAAAGUUCAAGAAUCACUCCCUUCCUGUUUAGUUAAUCUGGUGUUUGCAGAUUGUGUGAGUAGUCUUUGUGCUUGAUCUUUUACUUUUCUAUUUCUAGGUGAUCCCAAAGUAUGUAAUGCAGUUGCUUCUGGCUCAUUCAGACGCAAGCAAUUGUAAUGGAAUUAGAAAUUUAUAAUAUUGGACAGUAGUUGUGUGCCUAAUUGUGCAAUGUCAUUAUGCAUAUUUAACUU